UUCCUUUUGCCUCGUUGCUACCGAGUGAGUAAGAUGGGUCACCAGCAACUCUACUGGAGCCACCCGAGGAAAUUCGGCCAGGGCUCUCGCUCUUGCCGCGUCUGCUCCAACCGCCACGGCCUGAUCCGGAAGUACGGCCUCAACAUGUGCCGCCAGUGUUUCCGCCAGUACGCGAAGGACAUCGGCUUCAUUAAGUUGGACUAAGGGAACUUCUGUGAAUGGGUCAUUGAAGACAUCUCUCUACCUUA